UAAUUUUUAUUUUUAAAGUAUUGGAGUAACUGUUUAAAAUUUGGCUACACUGUCAUUGCCGGCAAGCACAAAAAAACAUAAACAAGUGUUCUCCUGAUCGCGCUGUUUCUGAUCCUCGUAAAAGAUGGCCAAAAUACACGAAGCCCUCAAGCCGAUCCAGUGGCUGAUAGGAACGUGGGAAUCGAUCAGCGCCAAAGGGACGCUAAUCGAUUCCAUCGUCAAGGAUUUUACGUACAAAGAGGUAAUUAAGUUUGAAUCGCUUGGCCAACCGCUUCUGAACUACGAAUCACGCUCGAAACAUCCGGUUUCUGGCGCCCCGAUGCAUCUCGAGAGCGGCUUUCUACGCAUAAAGCCGGGUACCAACGAAAUAGCAUUCAUGGUGGCGCACAACUUUGGCCUAGUGGUGUUGGAAGAGGGGACCGGCGAUGAGAAAGGGCUGCAGCUCGUAUCGAAAUCGGUCGAUCGUAUGUCCUUCGCCAAAGAUCCGGCCGUAAAAAUGAUCCAGAAACGAUAUCGCCUAAAUGCGGAUGGAACGCUACAGAUAGAAACGGAUAUGGAAACUAGCAAUACUCCGCUGACGAACCAUCUCGUUGCGGUUUAUAAAAGAAAUGAAUAAGUCAGGAAUGUUAACAUUUUCUUAGUGAAGGAGCUAUCCUAUAUAGUAUUUGGGGUUGUAAAUUAUAGGGUGCUGGUUGGGUAAUAUGGUUGUGGACUGGCUCAAAUAAAUAAGUUAUGUUCACGUUU